AUGGCAAAGAAGGUAUUGUCUGACGAGUUGAUUGAGCUGCAUUUAGAUAUUCCGUCAGAAAUUGAAUACAGUCAAGACUUUUCAAGUGCGCAAAGUGAUAAUGACCUGGCGAAGAACAGAGAAAACUUGUACCAAAUGAAUGGAGUUGGUGACUCUGAAAAUGAGCCUUCUCGGUAUGCAGCAUUUACUUCUGCUAAUUGCAGUACCUUCCUCGACGAAAAUAUAAAUGAAGAAUCGACAAAUCCUCAGCCCAUCAUAUCAGGACCAAAAUAUAAGGAAAACGAUAUACAUCCUUUAAAGAACAAAGCGCGUAAAGACCAUGCACAAAAGCCCUCGCAGGUGAGAUUCAGUCAAGCCUUCCAACAACCCGUGUCGCUAUCAAACACUGAAGAGAAUGGUGGUACUUUUGUAACAUCACGAUAG